AUGGUAGAACAUGAUCACCCUCAGUGGUUGGAGCUACACCGUUUCAUUCCCCGCUCCCAAGAAAUUUCUCGGGAGAAACCUGGGAAAGAGGUCAUUCUUGAUGAAUCUGCGAAGCUGUCCAUUCGUGAUCGCAGGACCAAGGAUCGAUGUCAGAUACAGAACGAGUUGCAGCUUGCCGAAGCCAUGACAAGGCGUGCCCUAGCAUGCGACCUGCUUCAAGUGUGCACCUUUUCGGUUAUGGAGCGUUGGCACCGAUACUUACUCAACAAGUUGUCCACGCCUCCGCCGCCGAACUAUAGACCCACGUCUAUGGAACAAGUUCUCCGUGCCGACCGCCAGGCAUGGAUUAGGUUGGCAGAAGAGGUACCGAGCCUCAAGCGUGACCCGGCAGGUCAGCUGCCUCUUGACCUUGCCUUCCCCCGCCUUCAGAUCGACCCACAUGUGACGUACUUCCUUCAGCCACUGCAGGGCAAGAGUUUCCUCAAGAACGCCAACACCGAGGAGGAUCAGCCUCCUGCUCCUUGGAGGGGCCGAGGUCAAGCCAAAGGGAGUGGCAAAGCUCCUUCUGAGUUGCAAGACAGCAACCUCAAGCAUAACACCGCCGAUGGCUCCAGGCAGGUCAGGCUUGCAAGAGAGGCCAUCACCCGUCAUGACUGCUUGCAUUUGUGUUCUUUGUUGCCUAAGACCGAGCUCCGCACAAAUGUGGAUCGCGCUGGUGAGAAAUUCCUUUGUGGCUCCUUUCGCCACGGCGGCAUUCAUGGUGUUUUCAGCGCUACUCGAGAGUUCCCUCUCAGUGUGGCUGCUUUGAUUGCUUUUGCCCGCGCUUCUAUGCCUGAUUUUCAGUUUUCUUCAAUUGCAGUGCAUCGCGAUGUUCCAACUUCUUGUCACAAGGACACGAAUAAUUUUACGGAUCACAACCUUGUUUGUCCGCUGAGUGAUUUUGAUGGAGGUGAGAUUUGGGUGAAUGAGCCAGGAGGCUCGGCUAUGCGCCCUGUGAAUGGGUCUCAGCUACCAGGUACGCUGCGUGCUGUGCGUGCGGGUCCUGUGAUUUUCCCAGCUCGCACCUGCCUUCAUUCGACCGAGCCCUGGACUGGCAGUCGUGUUGUGCUAAUUGCUUAUGCUGGUGGGGACCAUCAUGCCAUGUCAGUUUCUGACCGGACGGUCCUGAUGCAGCUUGGCUUCCCACUGCCGCAGGACUCAAGCACUGACUGCCCUCCUGUUGCGUGGCAACCUGAUGUUCCUGAUGACCUUAAGCCCUUCCUGAAUCGGGUUAAAGCGAGAAUUGCAGGUCGCCCGCUUUCCGAGCUGGUGUUCCUCGAGUUCUUCUGUGGCUCCGGGGGUCUCUGUACUGAGGUGCGUAAGAAGGGUCUCUCAGGCAGUCGGGGCAUUGAUCAUCAGGCGGGUGCAGGAGUCGAGUGUCCAGUGAUUUCCCUUGAUUUGGCCACUGAUGGCGGCCAAUCACUUGCUAGUGAAAUGCUGGCCCGGCCAGAUGUCGUUGCAUGUCAUUUUGCCCCGCCGUGCGGUACCGCCAGUGCUGCAAGAUCAAUCCCUGGGCGCAAUGCUCCCCGGCCCCUGCGCACUUCCCAGGCUCCCGAUGGCGUGCCGGAUCUUCAAGGCCUGGACCUGACUAGAGUUUCGACUGCAAAUAAGUUGUACUCCCUCGUAGCCUCUCUUGUCAACAAGUGCAAUGAGCUUGGGAUUCUUUGGUGCAUCGAGAACCCCAACCGAUCUCUCUUUUGGGCCACCAAGCCCAUUGUAUCUUUGCUGCGCUGUCCCCACAUAUGCACCCGCCUGCACCAUUGCAUGUUUGGCAGCCAGCGCCGCAAGCAUACACUUUUGUGCCACGCAAUCCCUUUUCUACAGGUCAUGCAGGUUUCUUGCGACGACUCCCACGAACACCUCCCGUGGGGCAGGUUACCCGAUGGUGGCUGGGCCACCAAGUUUGAGGUGGCUUACCCUCCUCUAAUGUGCAGAUGCCUUGCUCAUUCUUUUGUGUCCCAGCUUCAAGCUCUUGAUGCCAAGCCGUUGCCACCCAACUUGCAUGCUGCUGAGCUGCAGCCGGCUCGUGCUGCUCAGAUUGCCACGUCUCAUCAGCCGAGCAAGCGUUUGCCGCCCCUGGUUGCUGAAUAUGCCAACGUGGUCAACGUUACUGGCCCAGCUUCCCUUGUGCCUUCUGCUCCCAAGCUAGAAGCAGAUUGGGUUGUGUCUUCAGGUUGCGUGACUCAGCCGCCCAUGCAGCUGCUUCCUGCGGGUUCCAAGCGUCUCUCGUCCUUCCCAGCCGGGGGUGACCCCGAAGGCCGUGAGUCGUUAAUCGCUGCCAGGUUCGGUGUGCCAUGGUCCCCUGCUGACUUUGUGGCCCAGGCAAUAAAGUGCAAGCAUCCAAAACUUUUGGCGUCGGCUUUGCUUGCCCCACUCAAGGAGUGCAUUGAACAUUGCGUUUCCAUGUCACCGGUGGAGAUUGCUAAAGAAAGAACUGCAAAUCUGAGACAGUGGAUGCUCAGGGCCAAGGAGUUAACUACAGCGGGGGAGGACCCCUUGGUGUCCCCCCAUUGUAAAGACAUCCUUGCCAGUAAGUCCAUGAAGCUCUUGGGUGAAAUGAUUCGUGAAUCGGGCUACGGCGAUUCAAAGCUGCCUCGUGACAUUGGCAAGGGUUUUGAUCUACUGGGUCCCAUACCUGACAGCUCAGGGGUGCUACCAAAGAAAGCCACUUACGCCUCACUGUCAGUGCCUGAGGUUCGUGAGGUGGCUAGUGACAAUCAAAGGUGUGUGUGGCAAGCCGUGCUGGAAUCAGCCAAGUCAAUGUCUGCAGACGAAUUGGCCGUUGCUGCCGAAAUCUAUAAGUUGACUUUGGCUGAGAGGGAUGAACAUUGGGUUGAAGGGCCCUUCUCUUUGGAAGACCUGCCUGCCGAUGCCAUUCUUACCAGACGGUUUGGAGUUGUCCAGUCUUCCUGGGAUGCAGCCAAGGGGUCAGUCAAGAAAAUCAGACCGAUCGACGACUUCACAGAAAGUUUAGCGAAUCAAGCUUCCGAGAGCAGGACAGUACAGAUGAUGCCGGGUGCACCAGAUCCUGCGAAAAGGGCGCAGGGCAGCACCACCUACAGGGGGCAAGUUUUCAAUGAAGGACACCCAGACGCGCUGGAAGGUACCAUCACGUUUUGCCAGGCAGGGUGCUUCACGUUCAAGCGAGGUUUCGAGGAGGAGAGAGCCGUCGUCUGGAAAGCAGUCCGCCAGACCAUUGGACAGGUACCACAAGGCCAUUUUCUCAUGAUAGCGGGGGACCUGAACACAGCAAUCAGCUCACAUGCACCAUGGUUAGGCAAGGGCAUGCUCAAGGCCGCGGCCAACUCCGUCGAUGCAGAGUGCCUAGCCGACCUCCUCAGUGACAACGAGCUCGUUGCUGUAAACACCUUUGGCAGGCACAACAGCUACACCUACAUCCAUGAUGGCUAUCAGCAGGCUCGCAAAUCCUUCGUUGAUUAUAUCUUGGUUCGUAAAGUCCAGGCAGCCAAACGUACUUGCAGUCUCAUCCGCAAUUUUCAGGUCGGGCAGUGGCGCAGAGGAGGCAAACAUCUUCCCAUCACUGUCGAGGUUCAGCUGCAGCCUUACCGGUUCACCAGGCCCACAGCUACCUCGGAGUGGCCCAUAUGGAAGUGCAAGUUACUCCAGCAGCAGGUCAAGAGCGAUCCCGACAUCGGUCUUCGAUUUCAGCAGGAGGUCGCACUUGCCCUGGCCGAGUCCUCAGAUUACCACCCUCACGGGCUCAAUCGCAAGCUGCUUGAGAUCGGGCGACGAGUCUUCACCGUCCACCGCCCGCACAGCAUUUCUCCACCUUGGGCGCAGGGGGCUCAUGUGCAGACCAUCAAGACAAUGUGGCUCCAUUACCGGCACAUGAAGCUUGCUCGCGGGGUACCUGGGCUUCGGGCUGUCUUUCAGGCAAUGCGGCAUUGGGCCUCCUUUCAGCGGCUCCACAGGCAGGUCCAACGUCACAGUCGUCGUUUACGCAGGCAGCACAUGGACACUUUGUUGGCCGAGGCUCAGGCACGGGAUCAGGUGGAUGGCUCAGGGGCCGUCUUUGACUUACUCAAACGGGUGGCACCGAAGCAGGCUAGAAAGCGCACCCAACUCAGGGACGACUCGGGGCGCAUCAUGACCCCGGCAGAGGAAGCGCAUGCACUAGCGGCGUAUUGGAAGGAUGUCUGCGGCAGUGUCCACAAAACCUCGAUGCAGGAGGCUCCUGGCGGGGGAGACCCGUUCUUGACCUACGACAUUUCCCCUGAUGACAUCAAGCAGGCCCUUCGUGACCUGCAUGUUGGCAAGGCUGCUCCCAAGCAUUGCGCCCCGCACAUCAUGUGGAAACUCGCCGCGGAGCCCAUCGCUACUUUUCUCGAGGCAUCGGUGUUUAGCCACUGGCGCGAAACCGGGGCGCACAUUCCUGAUGCAUGGCCCGGAGCUUGGCUCACCUUCCUUAGCAAACCGAACAAGGCGGGGAACAAACCGGACCACCUCAGGCCGAUCGCCCUCCUCGAGCCGGCCGGCAAAGCAGUGAGUGGCAUCAUCAAGGAGCACCUGACCCCCUACCUGGAGGCAUGGACUCGUCACCUGCAUUUCUAUGGGUACCUCGGUAACCGCUCUACACAUCAGGCGCUGGACCUCGUUUUCGCACAUUGCGAGCUAGUCCGCACCAGAACACAGGCGCAGGGUAGAUCUCCAUAUGCCAAAAGAGCAGGAAUCGGACAAUACAAGUGCAUUGGCGGCCUCCAGGUCAGUGUUGAUUGCACGCAGGCUUUCGACCGUAUCGACAGAGGUCUGCUACUGCAGGCACUCACGUUGCUCCAGGUCCCAUUGCCCCUAGUCGACAUCAUCAUGCGCUGGGUUCAGGACACCACAUACCACAUCAACCAGGACGACUGUGAGGAGACGUUCACCUCCCGCAGGGGAGUGAGGCAGGGGUGCAAAUUAUCACCAACGUUAUGGUGUUGCAUCAUGGUCUUUAUCGCCCACAGCUUGGACCAUUCUCUAGGGACACAGUGGUGCCUAGAGCAUUUGGUAGGCUUCGCCGACGAUCUGCACUUGCGAUGGACAUUCUCUACCUUGGCAGAGAUGCAUACAGCCCUCCAACAAGCAGCUCAGGCCCUUGCAAUUUUAGAGAAGAUGAGCUUGGUCCUUAGCAAGGAGAAGACUGUUUGCCUCCUCAAGGCAGAAGGCUCACAAGCACCGCACGCGAAGAAGAAGAUCAUUGUUCAGACCCAGGAUGGCAAGUAUUUGCAGUUGUCCCCCGAUUACCGCUUGCCCCUUAAACGCCAACACCCGUACCUAGGAGCCAUCAUCAGCUACGCCGACUUUGAGAACCAGAACGCCAAACACAGGGUUCAGGCAGGCAAGGUAGCUUUUCAGCGGCUUCGACCAUACUUGAUGAAUCGCAGAGCCCUUUCCUUUGCGAAGAGGGUGGCAUUGUGGAAGGCAACGGUGGUCUCAUCCACCGUUUACGGCAUCACGGCCUCGGGCAUCACUCCAAAGGGCCUGGACCUCAUGCGAGUGACGCUCACCAAGCAGGUCAGGGCAAUGGCCAAUUCGCCCAGGCACCUCACGCUGGAAUCGGAUCAUGAUUUCUGGCAGCGCCUCCGCCUCAAAGCCCCGGUGGAUUUGCUCUUGGACAGGGCACAGGCCAUUCAGCAUCGCACCCAGGAGCUACUUCACACACUUGAGGCGGACGAUGUCCGGCUCUCGGCCACCAUUCUUGCAUGGGAGAAUCGCGUGUUCACUCAGCUCCAGACUCUUUGCAUCGGGACUGUCGGGGGGAUUACACCCCAGCACGUCUGUCCUUCCUGCCACGCUCUGUUCGAGAACAAGGAGGCCCUCCGUGCACACAUCGCGAAGAAGCACAGUGCUGACAGACGACAGGCGGAGCCCACGAUGUUCGACCAUUACCGGCACGGCACCGAUGGAAUGCCACAGUGCAGUCGCUGUGGCCACAAAUUUAAGAGAUGGGCCGACUUAGCCAAACACGUCACAGGCAAUCAUUGCCAGGCUGUUGUAAGCACAGCACAGGUCCCUGCACAAGUCGUCGACUCCGUCGCAGCCUCGCCCGUACCUUAUCUAGAGCUGGCCAGGUCCAUGGAUGCUACAGCCCGGGACCCGCGCACCAUGUCACUCAGCAAGGUCACCAUGGUGAAUGCCAUCAUCCAGGCGGAGCUUCGAGGCCCAGAGGCUGCGGAUGCACCGAGUGAGAGCACAGAGCCGAUCCCAGCGGAGCUCAUGGAUGUGUUCGGGGCAUGCCUUCCAGCGGUGGCACAGAGCCUCCAGAGCAUGCAAAAGCGCACGGAUCAGAACGAAAACCCCGACAGCUCUCUGCCGAAACGCCCUCGCACGGACACAAAGGAUGUAGAGAUGGAGCCCACGGCUCGUCAGAAGGCGGGGCCACCUCGACGAGGGCAACACCGCCGGGGCAACCAAACCUUCGGCAAUUCUUCGGGAGGCCUCGAGCGUCUUGUGGUGAACAUGGCAUCUCUCUGUCUACGCCAGGAAGAGGAGCUACAGCUGAUGAGAGUGGACAAGCAAUUCAUGAUCCACUUCAGCAGCGGUCCUCAGGGGCUGCUACCAUCCUUGUAUGCCGUGGCCCAGAAGUGGAACGAAGCGAAAGAGAAGUCCCCCCCGGAAGUGCAGAACUCGCUUCGCGUGUGCUUG